UUAUGAGUACUUUUAAUUCCUAAGUCAUCAUCAAAUGAUUUUUUGGUAGAAUUUUAAAGGAUGAUUAUGAGAGAGAGAGAGAGAUCUAGAGAGAGAGAGAGUAGGGGUAUAAAUGUGAGAUUAUGUAGGUGAGGGGAUUAUAGCAUAUGUAGGCUUUCCCCUUUCUUUUCUUCAAAAACGAGCUAGGGAGAUAAUAGAGGAGUGAGAGAGAGAGAGAGAGAGAGUGAGUCAUAGUAGUAGUGUCAAGGACUCAUAACUCAAAAGGAGAGCAAGCAAGCAAAAAUGGAAGAACAACUCAGCCCACUAGCUGUGACUCAUCUCCUUCAGCACACCUUGAGAAGUCUGUGCAUUCUUGACAAUUCCCAAUGGGUCUAUGCUGUCUUUUGGAGGAUCUUGCCCAGAAAUUAUCCACCACCCAAAUGGGAUAACCAAGGAGGGGCUUAUGACAGGUCAAGAGGAAACAGGAGAAACUGGAUAUUGGUAUGGGAAGAUGGGUUUUGCAAUUUCGCAGCCUCUACGGCCGAGAUUGCGGCAGCCGGAGAUGGCCCGGGCUCCUCCUCAGAUUAUGGAAGCUUUGAGUAUCAAAAUUACCAAUUAGGACUCCAACCAGAGCUCUUCUUCAAGAUGUCUCAUGAAAUCUAUAACUAUGGUGAAGGUUUAAUUGGGAAAGUAGCUGCAGAUCACAGUCAUAAGUGGAUAUAUAAGGAACCAAAUGAACAAGAGAUCAAUUUCUUGUCUUCUUGGCAAAACUCAGCGGACUCACAACCUAGGACAUGGGAGGCUCAGUUCCAGUCUGGAAUUAAGACUAUAGCCUUGAUUGCCGUAAGAGAAGGUGUUGUUCAGUUAGGAUCAGUUCAUAAGGUGAUUGAGGACCUGAGCUAUGUGGUGUUACUGAGGAAGAAGUUCAACUACAUCGAAAGCAUCCCAGGUGUGCUAUUGCCACACCCAUCCUCAUCAUCUUUCCCCUUCAAGAUCGAUGGAUACAGCAACGCACCAGACCAACAACAAUGGCACUUCCCAUCCAAUCACAUCCUCCCGCCUCACCCGCCGACAACGGAAAUUUUCUACGACCAGUACCAUUUCAACUACCAACCCGCCAUGAGAAUAACUCCCUCCAUGAGCAGCCUUGAAGCCCUCCUCUCGAAACUCCCCUCGGUUGUGCCGCCGCCGGCGUCCGCCUCCUAUUGCGAUGCGGCUCAGCCGCCGGUCCAGUACUUGUCGCCCGACAGGGAUGUGGAGAUGAUUGGGAUGGAGAAGGUGGCAAAGGAGGAGAUUGAUGUUGAGGAGGAGGAGGAGGAGGAGGGUAGAAAUGACAAGGAUCAUGUGGGUGAGAGUAGCAGUUCCAUGACUUCUUAUUACCCUACUAGUCACCAACAAUGGAUUUUAAAAGGAUGAUUAAUUAGUACUUUUGAACUUAAAAGAUGCAUGAUUACUACCUAGCCAGCUUAUUACAUAGGAAUAAAUCACGGAUUUGAUUUCUAACGUUGUACUAGCUCGUAGUCUUAAUGGUGGGUUGAGAUUCGGCAUUCCUUGUUUGUGAAAUCACUUGAAGCUGGCUUAACUAGUAUAUAUAUAUAUAUAUAUAUGUCGAGGGGAAAAAAAAUUUAUACGUGUUCGAAGUUUCUGCUGGUAACCCAUCCCGUCAUGCGUUGGCUUAGAUAAAAAAUAAAAAUAAAAUUGGUUCUUACAUUUGUUUAA